GUUCGAUUAGAUAAGCUCCUGGUGGUAGGCUCACUCCACCCCGCCAAUCGGCAUAUGCGCCUUGCCUCUGUGGCCCUGCAGGUUGCUGCAAGGCAACGCAAGAAUUCGUCGCGGGUGUGAAGUGACAGAGCAAUCCCAUUCUUAGCUGGGCCUCUUUUUCUCAACAACCAACACUUCUCGGUAUUUUCUUCCAGGGUGUGAAUGCGGCCAGCCCUCUUUUUCGGCACGCGCUCAGGUGUUUCUGCCAACAGAUUCAAUGAACAGAGCUUGGUUACACCAGCAAGACUCACAAUCAGCUACCAAACAUUAGCUUCCCGUUCACCUCUUCAACACACUCAUUCCACUUUAUUUACCAAAUAUCAUAAUCACCCAUUCCCCUUCAAAGCCUUGAAUCUACCAGGCAAAAAGUUCAACAAUCACCUCUUCUUUCUACGUACGACCGCCCAGCGAUUUUCCACAACCGUGUCAUCAUCACUACCAUCACCACCACAUCCAUCUACCGUCAACCCCACCAUCGCCACGAUGAACGGUUCCAACCUGACCCCGUCAGUUCGCACCAAGCGCAAAGAGCCACCCCAUGCACUGGAUGCCCGCCACCCCAAGCAUCAUCGCGCCAAUGGGGAUCUGGAUACUUCGGGCGGCGAGAACACCCCCGACAGACCCGACGACAGCUUCAUCGAGCCCGAAUACGAAGAGCCUGACGACAAGCUGGCUGCCCUCCUCCCAGCUGGUCCUGAUACCGCCGAAUGGCAAGAAACCAUCCAGCGGGUGGUACGAAAUGUCGUCUCAAUCCGCUUUUGCCAGACAUGUAGCUUCGAUACAGACCCCGCCUUGACCAGCGAGGCCACGGGGUUCGUGGUAGAUGCGGAGAGAGGGUACAUCUUGACAAAUCGUCACGUUGUUGGGUCAGGACCCUUCUGGGGUUACUGCGUGUUUGAUAACCACGAGGAGGUUGACGCCUACCCCGUGUAUCGCGAUCCGGUCCACGACUUCGGCAUCCUGAAAUUCGACCCCAAAGCCAUCAAAUACAUGCCUGUUGAGGCCCUCCAGCUUCGGCCAGAUCUGGCAAAGGUGGGCAUUGAGAUUAGAGUGGUCGGCAACGAUGCUGGAGAAAAGCUCAGUAUCCUCUCGGGUGUGAUCAGCAGAUUGGACCGGAAUGCUCCCGAAUAUGGCGAAGGGUACAGCGAUUUCAACACAUGCUACUACCAGGCUAGCGCCGCAGCCAGCGGCGGUUCUUCGGGCAGUCCCGUGGUAGACAUCGAUGGAUAUGCCGUGGCGCUUCAAGCUGGAGGGAGAAGCGACGGUGCUUCCACAGACUACUUCCUCCCAUUAGACCGCCCUCUCCGCGCGCUCAAGUGUCUGCAAGAAGGAAAUCCCAUCACCCGCGGAGAUAUCCAAACUCAGUUCGUUCUUAAGCCGUUCGACGAAUGCCGGAGAUUGGGCCUGACCCCUGAGUGGGAGGCUCAAGUCCGCGAAAAGUUCCCCAAGGAGACCAACAUGUUGGUUGCCGAAAUUAUUCUCCCUGGGGGUCCCUCGCACAAGAAGAUCGAGGAAGGCGAUGUGCUGAUCAAAGUCAACGGUGAAAUGCUGACUCAGUUCAUUCGCCUGGAUGAUAUUCUGGACUCCAGUGUUGGAGGUACUGUCAAGCUUUUGGUGCUGCGUGGCGGCGAUGAGGUCGAAGUCGAGGUGGAGGUCGGUGAUCUGCAUAAGAUUACGCCUGAUCGAUUCGUCUCGGUUGCGGGCGGUAGCUUUCACGAGUUGUCGUACCAGCAAGCCCGUCUGUACGGUGUGGCCUGCAAGGGUGUCUACGUCUGCGAGGCCGGUGGUUCUUGGCGCUUUGAGAGCUCUGAAUGCGGGUGGCUAAUCCAGACUGUGGACCAUAAGAAGACACCCGACCUCGAUACCUUCAUUGACGUUUUGAAGGGGAUUCCGGAUAAGUCUAGGGUUGUUGUCACAUAUAAACAUCUGCGAGAUCUGCACACUUUGAACACCACCAUUAUCUUCGUCGACCGCCACUGGGCCAAGAAGAUGAAGCUGGCAGUCAGAAACGACAAGACUGGACUUUGGGACUUCACCAACCUCGCGGACCCCCUUCCCCCAAUCCCUCCGGUUCCCACCAAGGCCAGAUUCAUUCAGCUGGAGCACACAUCUCACCCUGCCGUGGCAGAUCUCGUUAGAAGCUUUGUUCAUGUUCAAUGCACUCUUCCGGUCAAGCUGGACGGCUUCCCGAAGAACCGGAAGUGGGGAAUGGGCCUGGUCGUGGAUGCAGAGAAGGGCCUCGUGGUGAUCUCCAGAGCCAUCGUUCCGUACGAUCUCUGCGAUAUCAGCAUCACUAUCGCCGAUUCCAUUGUGGUGGAGGGCAAAGUGGUCUUUCUCCACCCUCUGCAAAACUACGCCAUCAUUCAGUAUGAUCCUAAGCUGGUUGAAGCGCCGGUUCUUAGCGCCAAACUGGGUAACGAGCAGAUCAGCCAAGGUGCCUCAACUUACUUCAUCGGCUACAACAGAAUCGGCCGAAUCGUUCACGCGGCCACCACGGUCACCGAGAGUUUUGCUGUGACGAUUCCGGCAAACUCCGGGGCGCCCCGUUAUCGUGCUGUCAAUUUCGACGCUAUCACUGUCGACACCAGUCUCAGUGGACAGUGCGGCAGCGGAGUCUUGGUUGCGCAGGACGGUACCGUUCAGGCCCUGUGGUUGACAUAUCUGGGAGAGCGUUCUCAUUCGACCCACAGAGAUGAGGAGUACCAUCUCGGCCUUGCCACUCCUACUCUGCUGCCCGUCCUCAAGCAGAUUCAGGAUGGCAUCGUCCCCAAGCUGCGCAUGUUGCCAGUCGAGCUCCGCGCUGUCCAGAUGCUUCAGGCGCGCCUAAUGGGUGUCUCUGAGGAAUGGAUCGAGAAGGUCUCUGUGGCCAAUACUGCCCAUCACCAGCUCUUCAUGGUCACCAAGUGCACCUGUGAGCGUGUGGAGGAGAAAGAGGCCCCGGCUCUGCUUGAGGGCGACAUAAUUUUGACCCUGAACGGCAGUAUGAUCACCAGAAUAUCUGAUCUCGAUGUCAUGUACGCCAACGAGUUUCUGGAUGCCGUGAUUGUGCGUGAGCGUCAGGAGUUGAAGUUGAAACUACCCACCGUCGCGGCUGAUGACGUCGAGACGCACCGGGCAAUCUCCUUUUGCGGUGCCAUCAUUCAUAGACCACACCAUGCCGUCAGACAACAAAUCAGCGAACUAUUCAGCGAGGUCUAUGUCUCUGCCCGGACUCGUGGAUCCCCGGCGUAUCAGUAUGGGUUGGCGCCGACCAACUUCAUUACACAUGUCAACAACAAGCCGACUCCGGACCUGGAGAGCUUCUUGGCUGCGGUUGUUAGGAUUCCCGACAAUACCUAUUUCCGCAUGAGGGCAGUGACGUUUGAUAGUGUGCCGUGGAUGGUUACCAUGAAGAAGAACGAGCAUUAUUUCCCCACAGUGGAGCUCAUCAAGGACCCUGAGGAGGAGACUGGGUGGCGGAGAGUCACCUACGAAGGCGGCGGCAAGGUGGUUCAAGGUGAAGGGGAGGAUGGGGUUGUUCCCGUUCCUGGGGAUGCUGCAGAUAUGGACGUUGACGUGGACGUGUAAAGCACGGAUGAUGAUAUAGCUGAAUGAAUCUGUGUCGGGGGCCGGUCAGAGGGUUCCAAGUUUACAGCUUUCCUCCUUUUUUUUCUUGCAAUCAGCUGCUUCCGAAUAAUUUUAUUUGGGUCGAUGGGUUAAGCAAGGCGGCUGCUUGUGACAAGGAAAGCGUACAAAGGGCCAGCCAAUUUCAACCGAUACUGUCUGUGGCUUGGGAUUAAAUACUCAUAGGGGUGUGUUUUUCAGCUGGUGUAUCUCCCUAUAUAACUGUUGGUGAUAGCCAUGAUAACCAUACAGUGGCCAAGAGCGCCCAAUCUAUAUUAGAACCGAAGUCCCGUCUCCCCAUG